AGAGUCCAAAUUGUGGACUCAUCACCCCUCAAAACCAAAAUUUGCUAAGGGACCAGGUCCAACUGCCAAGAAGCAAGUUGAAGGUAGGGUGUUGACAACAGAAGAGCGUGUUGCAGAACUUGAACAUCAAAAUGUGCUAAACGGGAGGGUGUUUGAUCCUGACAUUCUCACAAAAUAUGGUAUGUCUACCCUUUAUGACUCUAUCUCCCUGCAAAGUUGCGAACACCUGUUUGAAGGUCCAACACCUUAUUUGCAUGAACCGAAAGUACGGGAGUUCUAUUAUAAAAUGGAGCUCCUUGAUGAUGUAGGCAUUCAGACAACCAUAAGUGAGAUAAAAAUCUUACUAAUUGAAUAAAACUUGGGGAUCAUCUUAGGAGUUCCCUCUAUAGGGAUCAGGUCCAUUGAAGGUUGCAAACCUUCUGGUGAUUUUUUUUCAAAGGGCUACCAAGCGUGGGGACAUAAAACGUGCAGUUCUGCCUAAAAGGUUCCUCAAAAGGGAGUAACAGUUACUGUUUGAGUUCACUAACAAGGUCUUGGUGCCAAGAAGUGAAAAGAGGAUUGUAGCCUCUACUGCAGAUUUGUUCCUCAUGGAACAGUUGUAUGAACUCGAGGCUAUCAACCUUCCUGGAAUUAUGCUUGAACACAUACAUAGGGUGAUGACUUGGAAAAAUGCCAAGCACGGCAUUCCUUAUGGGUACCUACUAAACCAUAUGUUCGAACACUUUGGAGUACCUCUUGUCAGGGGAGUGGUGAAGCAAAUGUUUUCUCCUACAACCUUUUGGAAAGUGAAUGUACUGAGGGAAAGGUCAAAGGUAAGUCACAAGUGUCUCAUCUUCUUGAGCAGUAGGAAUAUCUCAAGCGUGAGUUAAAUGAUCUUACAGUAACCUUGAGUGCCAAGGAGGUAGAGAUUGCACGACUUAAGGCUCAGAUGCAACAGACUAUUUCUCGAGGACCUGGUACCAGUGCUGAAAGUAAGGAGGAAGUAGAAAAGUUGAGAGCUGAGAAUGCACAACUGCUGAAGACAAAUGCCUCACUCAGUGAGGAAGUCCAGGCUCUUAACAAGCAACUAAUUCAGGCACACGUCGAUGCUAAUACUCGCAUGAACCUGAUGUUGCGGUCCUUACCUCCCCAUUCCCCUCCGUCCUAAAAAGGAGUUUGUCUGUCUAGACUACUAUGUCUUUAUGUGUCUAAGUUGUUUCCCCUGUGUUUAUCCUAUGGCAAAGUGUACUAUUUUGGCUGGACUCUGUGGUCAACAUAAGUGAUCUAAUGGACAUAUCUCUUUUUGCCGUGUUUUGGUGUGCUUUUAUCUUCCCUAUUUUUGCUUACUUGCGCAUGUACUGUGUGGCCCAUGGCCCUGAAUUCCUAAUGUUUUUGCAUGCAGCUCAUAGAUGUUUACUGUCAUUCCUUUUCAAUGAUGUCAAAAGGGGGAAUUGAUUAGAGCUCGUAUAUGUUUUGUGAUUUAUGCAUAGUGACAGGGGGAACUGAUAGAGUAUUGACUGGGGAACUGACGGUUUGAAUAAAUGUUAACUCAUGUGAGGUAGUUUGUUUGUCAUCAUCAAAAAGGGGGGAAAUGGUAAGUCUUACUGUUUCCAAAUGUUUUGAUGAUCCUCACAAAUGCAAGGACCCAAUCCUCUGCAGAGUGUUCUCGUCCAGGGUGAUGUGACAUACAACUGGAAUGUUGGCUUGUCAGAGGUUGGUGAGGUCAUCAGCGUACUAAACCAAUCAGAACGGAUGAGGUUGUUUGUCCAACGGUAUGGUUGAUAUGUUCAAUAUGACAAACAAUAUAUCACUCAUUCAUUCAAAGAGAAAAAAUUCAAGCUUCAACAAAACAACAAUGGACCUCAUAGACUGAAGACUUGCUUCCUGAACCUGUUGUUAUUUUGAUUGCUUGUAUUUGUGCUUAACUUGUAGGAUUCGUUUCACUUUGUUAAGAAACGUUUCAAAACCUUGUGUGAAUCAUUGUAAGAACAUAGUUGAGGGCAACUUUGUGUCUUACGGAAAAAUCUAUAUUAAUUAGUGAGGAUUAGUAUAGUGGGCAAUGCAGGCAUUGCUUAGGCUUGUUAAGUAAUAGGUUGUAUUACUUAGUGUUACUGUGUUUCGCUUUUGCUUGAGAAGAUUAGUGAAAACAGUUUGAAAAUCCUGUGAGACAUGUCGUGGUUUUACUCCCUUGAGCAAGGAGGUUUCCACGUAAAGUUUUGUGUGUUAUCUUUAUUUUCUGUAUUUACCUUUAUUCAUCUUAACUGUCUAAAGGACCUGAUCCUAUCGUAGUUAGUGGAUGCAUACAUUUCAACAGGGGGCCGAGGUUAUCGGAUCUUUGGUGGCUGAUUCUUGCAUCAAAUUCCAUUGGAACAGGAGAUGUUGAUGACUUGAGUUUUUUCAAUUCUUUGAGUAGAUGUAGAAAUCUGAAAGUUCUGGAUUUGAGUGAUUGCAAAUUUGGAGGUGUACUACCUGAUUCUAUUGCAAAUUUAUCGACGAUUUUUCUAUCACUAAGAUUGGGAGGUAAUCAACUAUUUGGUAGUAUUCAUUCAGGAAUAGGUAAUCUUGUUAACUUGACUGAAUUGCAAUUGCAAAAGAAUGAUUUUUCUAGUAGCAUUCCUGAAGUCGUUGGCAAUCUUCGUAGGCUUCAGUUAGUGGACUUGUCUGAAAACAAUUUUUCAGGUAGUAUAUCAUCGUAUAUGUCUAACAUGACUCUAUUAUAUUCACUACAUUUGGAAAAGAAUGAGUUAACUGGUAAUAUUCCCCUUAGUUUUGGCAAUUUCCGAUACUUGCAAGAUUAUAUUUUUCUCGGAAUCAUCUAAGUGGUAGCAUACCAGAUGGAGUUAUGAGUUUGUCUACCUUAACAAAUUCUCUUAAUCUUGCUGACAAUCAAUUGUCCGAUUUGCUAUCAGUUGAAAUUGGAGCUCUCAAUAAUCUUGGAAGAUUGAAUAUUUCUAAUAACAUGUUGUCUGGGAAAAUUCCUAGUAACAUAGGGAGGUGUAUAGCAUUGGAAAGCCUUGUUUUAGCUGGCAACUUCUUUGAAGGUAUAAUUCCUUCAUCCCUUAGUUCUUUGAAAAGUCUCGAAGAAUUGGAUCUUUCUCGCAACAAUUUAUCUGGUCAGAUUCCAACAUCUCUUCAGCUCAUUUCCUUGAAAAAAGUGAACUUGUCUUUCAACCAUUUUGAGAUGUUAAAGACAUGAAGGUGUUGCCAACUGAAGGUGUUUUCAGAAAUGCAACUGCAAUAUCCAUAUCGGGGAAUAAGAAACUUUGUGGGGGUAUACCGGAACUGGAGUUGCCAACAUGUCCAAACGUUGACCCUGAGGGAAGAGAUAAGUCCAAAAGCAUUAAGCUAAUGAUCCCUCUUCUUUCUGGACUUGUUGCGCUGGUUUUCAUCAUGUCUUUAGUCAUAAUCAUUUGGUUAAAAAAGGCAAGGGGAGAGCCUUCUUUAACAUCUUCACCGGUCACUUAUGAGAGCCUAUAUAGAGCGACAAAUGGAUUCUCUUCUGCCAAUUUGAUUGGAAAUGGUAGCUUUAGUUAUGUUUACAAAGGGGUAAUCUAGGUGAAAGUAUGGUUACAGUGAAGGUGAUAAACAUUGAUCAUCAAGGGGCUGCUUCUAAGAGCUUCAUGGCUGAGUUUGAGGCCCUGAGAAACAUUAGGCAUCAAAAUCUUGUUAAGGUCUAUACUGCCUGUUCGACUAGUGAUUUUGAGGGUAAUCCGUUCAUAGCUUUAGUUUACGAAUACAUGCCUAAUGGGAGCUUAGAAAGUUGAUUGCAUCCUAUUCCAGGAGCUGAUGCCUCAACUAAUGAGGUGAGGAUUAUUGGUCUAGUUGAAAGACUAAGGAUUUCUAUUGAUAUGGCUUGUGCACUAGAAUAUCUUCAUCACCUUCGCCAUAAUCCGUUUGUGUACUGUGAUCUGAAACUGGACAACAUUCUUCUUGACAACGACAUGACUGCCUAUGUAGCUUAUUUUGGAUUAACAAUGUUUUUCUCAGAAUCCAUGAGCAAAUAUAGUUCAAUUGGAUAUGCUGCACCAGAGUACAACAUGGGAAGUAACGCUUCCGCAUUUGGUGAUGUUUACAACUAUGGGAUCCUUUUGCUCGAGAUGUUUACUGGAAAGAGACCUACUGACAGCAUGUUCAAAAAUGGACGGACUCUUCACAGUUUUUCUAAGACGGCUUUACUUGAUGAAAUAGUAGAUCCCAUGCUUCUACCUAGCAACAGUAGAGAAAGACAAGAGGCCGAGGAAGAAUGAGUACUUAUCGAUCAAGAUGAUACUAGUAUAAAACAAGCGCAAGCGUGCUUGGUCUCGAUAAUACAGAUUGGAGUUGCAUGUUCAGCUGAAUCCCCGAGAGAAAGGAUGGAUAUCGGGGAUGUUGUCAAGGAACUUCAACUAAUUAGAGACAUUCUCCUUGCUUCUCAUGCAAUUCCCAGCUCAAUCAGCGGGUAAAUUCGUUCUACUAGCUUUGUUUUCAACUGUGAUUUAUAAACGUGAGAGUUCAUUGCUAUAUAAAGAAAAUGUUGAGAUGCUUAAAAACAACAUUUAGAGUUACAUCUGCAUAAAACGGACUAUAAAAUCUGCUAGCAAAAGUUAAAUAGCUUACACACAGCUCCUCUGCUACAUAUUGAGAAACUAGUUUCUAGACACAUGUGUUGCGCGUGUGUCCAUGUAAAUUCUUGUAGAUCACAUUACAACAAUAAAAGUUCUAUGAAGACAUGCACGUGUGUCCUAUGUAAA